AUGCCGGCGACAGCAGGACGCGUGCGUAUGCCGCACAACAAUCGCAUGCACAGCAGCGCAGCGCUCAAGAUGACGAGCAUUUGGAAGAAUACGAUUGGCUACGAUCCGUAUGCAGCUGAAGAUGAGAAACAGGAAGCGACCGAGACUUCGUAUGAACAGGCAAAAGGGCUCAUGACACUUGCAAAACUGUCAAAUAAAGGGAACGAUGUCCGUGGCGCUUGUAAGAAAUGUGGCAAAGUAGGACAUUUGACAUUUCAGUGUCGAAAUCGUUUGGAUGUAACGGAGAAGCGCAUGAUAUUAUCGUCAGAUUCGUCUUCGUCUUCGGAUUUUUCAAGUGACGAGGAAGAAGCAGACAGCGACGAUGAAAAGGAAAAGCAAUUGUCUUUGCUCUGUCCGUCAUCACGUGGACGUAGCCGAAGUCGCAGUCGUAGCCCGAGAAGACGUCAUUGCAGACGGUCGAAAAGUCGCAGUUGCAGUCGUAAGACUAGUCGACGUCGCCGAGAGAGAUCAUCGUCCCGACGUCGUCGUUCAAGCCGCAGUCGCAGCUCGAGUGUUGAGUCGGAGACAGCAGAGAGUAAACGGAACCGCAAUAAACUUUUGGUGUCGAAGAAAGACGAGAAGCGAGCGAGUUUGUUGAAAAGGCACAAAACUCGGAAAGAGAAAGACCACAAACAUCGCCAUCGUCGCCACAGCGACCACGACUCGAAAAAGUCGCACUUGAAGAAAAAGCGGCGUCAGUGA